UGUCCGGCGUGGGGCCGGUUUGGAGGCCGCUUCUGAGCUGCUUAAAGAGCCAGGUCAGCUGACCGGCCCCAGACCGUCGCCUCUGCAGCGCGAAGGUGAGGUCGGCGCGCGGAACCGGCACGCCGGCAUGCCGCGCUCCUGCGAAGGCGCGAGGGCGCGGGCGCUGGCCGCCGUCUUCCCGCUGCUCCUGUCCCUGGCCGGGCUGGAGGCGAGGGCUAAGGACGACUUCAGCCAGGUGCAGCCGCUGGUGACCCUGGAGCAGCUGCUGUGGGUGAGCGGCCGGCAGAUCGGCGCCGUGGACACCUUCCGCAUCCCGCUCAUCGCGGCCACGCCGCGGGGCACCCUGCUUGCCUUCGCCGAGGCCCGGAAGAUGUCCGCGUCCGACGAGGGCGCCAAGUUCAUCGCCCUGCGGAGGUCCACGGACCAAGGCAGCACCUGGUCCUCCACAGCGUUCAUCGUGGACGACGGGGAGGCCCCCGACGGGCUGAACCUGGGGGCCGUGGUGAGCGAUGCGGAGACAGGAGUUGUGUUUCUCUUCUACACGCUCUGUGCGCACAAGUUCCGCUGCCAGGUGGCCUCCACCAUGUUGGUGUGGAGCAAGGACGACGGCGUCUCCUGGAGCCCGCCCCGGAACCUGUCCGUGGACAUCGGCACCGAGAUGUUUGCUCCUGGGCCGGGCUCCGGCAUUCAGAAAAGGUGGGAGCCGCGGAAGGGCCGGCUUAUCACGUGUGGCCACGGGACGCUGGAGCGGGACGGGGUCUUCUGUCUCCUCAGCGAUGACCACGGGGCCACCUGGCGCUACGGGACUGGGGUCAGCGGCAUUCCGUACGGCCAGCCCAAGGUGGAGAACGACUUCAACCCGGACGAGUGCCAGCCCUACGAGCUCCCAGAUGGCUCGGUCAUCAUCAACGCCCGGAACCAGAACAACUACCACUGCCGCUGCCGCAUCAUCCUCCGCAGCUAUGACGCCUGUGACACGCUGCGGCCCCGGGACGUGACCUUCGACCACGAGCUCGUGGACCCUGUGGUGGCCGCGGGCGCCAUAGCCACCAGCUCUGGGAUUAUCUUCUUCUCCAACCCGGCCCACCCGGAGUUCCGAGUGAACCUGACGCUGCGCUGGAGCUUCAGCAACGGCACCUCGUGGCAGAAAGAGAAGGUCCAGCUGUGGCCAGGGCCCAGCGGCUACUCGUCCCUGACCGCCCUGGAGAGCAGCAGGGGCGGGGAGAACGAGGCGCCGCAGCUCUACGUCCUGUAUGAGAAAGGCCUGAGCCGCUACACGGAGAGCAUCUCCAUGGCCAAAGUCAGCAUCUACGGCACGCUCUGAGCGGCGGGCGGGCGGGGCGUCGGGCCGCUCCUGCAGGGCCGGGGCUCUGGGGCCGCUGCGGACGCCUACGAGGCGGCGCCACCUUCCUUUGGACUCUGCAAAGUCAAGCUCUCUUUGCCAGAGAAAUGAAUCCGUUAGGAUGGAAAGAACACUUUCCUCUCCCACGCGGAAGCUCUGCCCUCACCUGAGAACUUGCGCUUCCUUCCCGCGCGGAGGCCCCGGCGCCCCCAGGACCCCAGGACGGGCCGGCUCUCCCCAGGCGGGGCUGGGUGCGUCUGUAGAGCUGCGGAACUGUGAACUCGGGGCCCUGGGGGAGCCGGGCUCCCUCUAGGUGCUGGGAGGAGACGCGGGCUUUGGAGCUGCUUGGUGAAAGUCAGCUGGGGCGGGAUGUUUGGUUUAAGGGUGAGGAACUAAGUAGGCUGUCGCCCUUAACUAUUUAUGGAUCAGAUGUUCACAGUGUGAAA